CAAUAGCACAAAUCACACCCCUAGAACUUCAAAUCCUUGGUCUGGACCCAUUGUCAAUGAUCCAUCAAACCAGCGCUUCCCGGGUAGCUUCACCUCUUCUCCAGAGUUUUUAGUAAUGCAGAACUCCGGACACCAGCACCAUGAUAAUACAACAUUCAUUCCCGAGAACUCUACUUUAUCACAUUCAGAAACAGUAGAUGAUAGAACGUUUUGUUAUCCUCAAGAACUGUGGUGUCUUCCGCUUGAGGAUGACAACCUAAGUCAAGCAUAUAUUCGGAGCCAGUGCGGACAGCCUUUGUGGUAUAACCCAGGUGAAUUGCAUCCGUCCUUGCCGAUGUCACAGUCGUCGAUGGAACCAAUACCUAUCAUGAUGCCGUCUCAAGAACAAUCGGACCUUUUUGAAUGCGCGUGGAUUGAAGAUGGUAAACGAUGCGGCCAUUCCAUUUCGAGUGACAAACGCAAACUUGGCAUGCAUCUUAGCGACUCUCACGGUAUACACGGAAAGGACAAGAAAGAGGUUGUUUGCUCCUGGCAGGGUUGCAACCAACCAAUGCAAAGAGGCGCCAUUGGGCGGCACAUCAUUAGCCGCCAUCUACAAGUUAGAUGGACAUGCAAGUUUUGUCCCAAGAAUUAUUCUCGCCGCGACGCUAUGAAGAAACAUGCCAAGGACUGUCAAGCCUCAUAGGCUUAACCGCUGACAACCGGACUCUUUUCUUUUCAUGACUAACCCACCUAGUGUAAUGUGUUAUACCCUCACCGCUGCUGUAUUGCCACAACCUCGAACUUAUGGUAUGGAACUUUGCUAGUAUACCUAUGUAUCGAUAUUGACACUCCUUCAAUGAUGUAUUUGACUCGUUUUAUAAGGUAACAAUAAAAACUCGAUUUACUCAAUACUGGUCAAAGGAAAAGCGAUGACGACUUUAAAGGUGCCUUCAGGUACGUACCACUAGGAUCCUGAUCACA